GGGAUCUCCGAAGCCUCAUCAGUCAUCGAGACUGUCAGGAAUAGUGGUUUAAGAGGAAGCUCGGCCUGGGGCACUCUACCCUGUUAUCCAGUUCCCUGCCUCGGAGAUACAGAUUCCAGCUACAUGGGCAAACGCCUGGAUCAGCCACAAAUGUACCCCCAGUACACUUACUACUAUCCUCAGUAUCUCCAAACCAAGCCGUCCUAUGCGCCAGCUCCCCACCCCAUGGCUCCUCCCAGCCCCAGCACAAACAGCAGCAGCAACAACAGCAGCAGCAACAGCAGCGGGGAACAGUUGAGUAAAACCAACCUGUACAUUCGAGGCCUUCCGCCAGGCACCACUGACCAGGACCUGAUCAAGCUGUGCCAACCGUAUGGAAAAAUUGUAUCCACAAAGGCAAUUCUGGACAAAAACACAAAUCAGUGCAAAGGGUACGGUUUUGUGGAUUUUGACAGUCCCGCAGCUGCACAGAAAGCAGUAGCAUCUCUUAAGGCAAAUGGCGUGCAGGCACAGAUGGCCAAGCAACAAGAGCAAGACCCGACAAACCUAUACAUUUCAAAUCUCCCCAUUUCUAUGGAUGAGCAGGAACUUGAGAAUAUGCUGAAACCCUUCGGACAUGUCAUUUCUACAAGAAUACUAAGAGACGCUAAUGGAGUCAGCAGAGGUGUCGGCUUUGCCAGAAUGGAGUCUACUGAAAAAUGUGAAGUGGUAAUCCAACAUUUUAAUGGAAAAUAUCUGAAAACACCACCAGGCAUCCCAGCCCCUACUGAGCCUUUACUGUGCAAAUUUGCUGAUGGAGGACAAAAGAAGAGACAGAAUCAAAGCAAAUACACUCAGAAUGGAAGGCCUUGGCCCAGGGAAGGAGAGGCUGGCAUGGCUCUGACCUAUGACCCCACAGCUGCCAUACAGAAUGGAUUUUAUUCCUCACCGUACAGUAUUGCAACCAACCGCAUGAUUCCACAGACAUCUCUCACGCCAUUCAUUGCUGCUUCCCCUGUCUCCACAUACCAGGUCCAGAGUACUUCAUGGAUGCCUCAUCCGCCAUACGUUAUGCAACCAACAGGUGCUGUGAUUACGCCGACAAUGGACCAUCCUAUGUCAAUGCAGCCAGCAAACAUGAUGGGCCCCCUGACACAACAGAUGAAUCAUCUUUCAUUGGGCACAACAGGAACGAUUCAGUCCCAAGACAGGAUUAUGAUACUCCACCAGCUGUUGUGUCAGUAUAUGACUGCUGCGGCUCCUAUGCAAGGGACCUACAUUCCCCAGUACACGCCUGUGCCUCCGACAGCUGUUUCUAUUGAAGGUGUUGUUGCUGAUACCUCUCCCCAGACAGUGGCACCUUCAUCCCAGGACACCAGUGGUCAGCAGCAACAGAUAGCAGUGGACACAUCCAACGAACAUGCACCUGCAUAUUCUUACCAACAGUCUAAGUAA